AUGGAAAAUCUGUUUCAUUUACUUGACGCAAUGAUACACGUUUUCAACUGCCCCAUCGAUCCGUCGACCCUUGGCGAAUUUCAAAGAGGCCGAAGUCCGGCUCCUGAAGAAGAGGUGUUUGAGGAAAAAUCUAAGGUCGAAAAAUCAGUUGUUUAUCAAAGAGAUGGCAGACGUAUUGUAGACGGUAAAAUUGAAACUGAACAAUCAGCUGAAGAAGCAUGGAGAGCUGCAAUAAAAAGUGGUGCAAUAUUAGGCUGGAAAAAGAAGUGUGAUAUAAUGAUUUUGUCGUCACCAAACGAUAUUGAAAAUAAUGAAGAUGAAAAUGACAGUGGAAGAGACGAUAAGUAUAGUAGAAUGGAGAAGGAGCGAUUAAAAAUGCCGACAGUUGCCGGAACUCAGUUAAGACGUACCGCAAGUGCAAAAUUUAAAGUUGCACUAAAAAAACUUCGUCGCUUGAAUUCCAAAGAGUAA